AUGGAUUCUCCUCCGUCGGUGUUUCUGAGCUAUAAAAGGGAGGACACUGGCACAACUUUCGUCAGCCAUCUCUACCGUUCGUUGGAUCAAAAAGAGAUUCGUACUUACAACGAUGAAAACCAGCAGACGAUAGACGGAAGAGUAUCUCCUGAGGUCGAUCGGGCUAUCGAGGAGUCAAAUGUUGCCGUCGUUGUGAUAUCAGAGAACUACGCCUCUUCCGUCUGGUGCUUGGAGGUACUCGCGAAGAUCAUUGAGCAUGCGAGGUUUACUUUUGACAUGCCCAUCUAUACAGUCUUCUACGAAAUGGAUCCGGAGGAUUUGACAAGACCAACUGGGAAAUUCGCCGACGACUUGAGGAGGCAUGAAGAGAGUGAAACUCCUGAGACCGUGAAUCGCUGGAGGAAUGCACUGGAGCGAUUGGAGAGCAACGACCCUAAAUUUUGUUCGCGCGAUUGGUAA